CACCAGCUGGGUCCCGCGACAAGACGAGACAGAGACGGGGGGUCAUGAGUUCCUACAGGAUGAUACGAAGCGCAUCGUCGGCUACUCACCACAAUGGUCACCCCCAGCACUACAAGGCUAGCGAGGUGCUGCGAUUCGCGAGAAGGACACCAUACCACCACCACCAACCGGUCAUCUCUUCCGGUUACUCCCAGGCCGUGGCUAGGAGGAACGAACGAGAGCGCAACCGCGUUCGACUCGUCAACAUGGGCUUUGCGGCCCUGAGGCAGCACGUGCCCAACUUCACGCAGAACAAGAAGAUGAGCAAAGUGGACACGCUACGCUCGGCGGUGGAUUACAUCAAGGCUCUCCAAGAGCUCCUGGACCGAGGCGCCGGUCAGCAGAGGCACAGCAAUUCCGAGAGGGACAUCGAAGACGACGACACUGACGAGACGUCGUACAAGGCGAACCAUGAGCGACGACACGGGAUGACGUCCUUCGAGGAUGCCGACGCCUUCUACGACUUCUCGCGAAUCGGUGAAGACAAUGCUCCGUCGUCGCCUGCGGUCGUGCUGCAACCUUCAGAGAUGUCUGAGUCGUCGGCGAGUGCCUUAGACUGCUACGGUGCGGACGAUGCCGAACUCAUGGACUUCUGCCAGCCGUGGCUUGUGUGAGAAGUGAAACUGUGUGGCGCCAAGGUUAGGUUCUAUAGGACACUGCCGGCCGUAAAGAACUCGAGAGACCACUUUAAGGCAUAAGUAUGACCCAGUGCACGAAGAUCUGUUAUUGUUGUGUGACGUAUAAAAGAAACUAUCUCUUGUGCGCAUGUUGCUGACUAUUGUGGCACACUGAACUUCGUGCGUUGAAAUGGACGAAUGUGUCAAGGUUUUCAAAUUUCCAAAAGUGAAAGCUAAAUGUCUAAAAUAUGUGAUAAACUAGUUGUAUACGCAAGGUGCGUCCAGUUUGUCUCCAUGUCUUCUGGACUGAUGUUAGAUAACGUGGAAGGCUUUGUAUGGCUUUAUCUGUGUACGCAAUCAAAGAUUGUGAAUCCAUGAGCGUUGACCGACUUCUUUUCAACACAUCAUUGCUAAAAAUAAGGAGAUGCGCGUGUAAAAUCUAAUAUAUGUCCAAUAUGUUGGACAUAUCUUUAAGUUCA